CUUCAACAUUUGAAAUGGAUCUGCAAAGUAUCAGAUAAAAAUUAAAAAUAAGUAUCAAAACGUUUCAAAAUAAUUAACUUACAUGUUUGGCAAAAUAUUUUUCAUCCAUCGGGCUUUCUGUUCUCCCUUUAUGAAUAUUUUUUCUACUCCUUGCGUGCAGAUUUGCAAGAUUCGAUAAAGACGAUGAUACGGAAUAUCGCCAGAGUUCCACGCUAUUCCAUGAUGACUCUUUUCCAACCAUUGAGACAUACAUUUUUCCUCUUCUGUCAGUUCUUCCCAAGCCAUUGGAGGUUUGAAAAGAUAUGCGGUCGGUAAGGCAGUUUUCCUCAAAUUAAGGAAACUUAUUUCUUUGAAAAUAAAAGUAUCUUCUGCGAUUCUCUGAAAUCCUUGAAUGUCGCAAAUAUAAGCAUUUUCUUCUUUACAUUGCAAGAUAGUAUUUUUAAACAACAAAUCGUAGUCACGUGUUCUUUCCAUCUUUUCAGCUUGUAGACAGCUUAGCAAGAAGUGAUCUCGCGAGGUCCCAGCAUCCUCGUUUUAUAAUGUGAAACUCCGCCUUUCACUCUUCCAGGAAUGGAUGCUCAAAACAAAUGCAUAGCCCUCAUUUGUUGGGGUGAAAAGACGAUUUUUGGUUGGUUCAAAAGGAAGAAAAUUUAUCCCUUCUCUAGAAAAUUUUUCUCCUCUUAGUCUCAUAAUCUUCUAGGAUUGGAUGAUGGAAAAAAUGCGUACCCCUUAUUGGAAGAAAAUUCAUCCCUUCCCGAGAAAAUCUUUCUCCUCUCUCCUCAGCAGCGAGAUCUUCCACCUCUUCUUAUGAUGAUUUCAGCUUUAAAAGAGAGAAAUUUCUCUUAGACGAGCACAGUUCACCUGACGCAGUCAGCAAAAAAAAUUUUUAGUCUCAUCUUUGUGCAAGAUUACUAGUGACACUCUAGUGAAAAAGAAAACAGUAAAAAUGGCUUCGAUUGAUCUUAUCGAACGUCUUGUACAAGUGCUUCGCGAUACUGUACAAAAUGUGGAUCAAAUGAGCGUCAAUGAUAUUCAUUAUUGGUUAGAUAUGCGUAAUUCUACUAUUAAUGAAUUAAACGAAAAAAUUUCUAAAUUCAAUCUCACGAGAGGAGAAAAACAGAAAUGUCAAACUUGUUUGACGCAUCUUUCGUGUGUGCAAGUAGAAUUUGAACAUAAUCUUCAUCGAGGAGGUAGUCUGCAUGCUGAAGAAGCAGAAGCUAGAGUUGAGUGGCGUGAUGUGCAAUCAGCCUUCCAAAAUCGAAUCAGGACAGGUGUGGUUGUUAACAUAAAGCAUGUGGACAUAUUGAGUUUUUUUAAUGAUGCACUGAAGCUCUUCAAAGUUAAGACACAAGCAUGUUUAGAAGAAUAUAAUGCGGUGAAAAUCAAUUCGGAUUUUAUUUCAGAAUUUACAAUGCAAAAAAAUGGUGAAGAAACGACAGAUAUUAAAUAUUUUACGAGUGAGAGUGCUACAGUAUACAUGUCAACAGAUUUAGAGAAAUGGUUUACAGACAAUAUUAAAGAGCCCAUUCUUUCGCAAUUAGAAGAAUUUCAAGAAAAGGAUUCAGGCUGGACACUGAAAAGUAUUAUAAGUUUAUGUAUAAAUAUGAAAAAAUAUUCUCCAAUUAAGGGAAGUUCGUAUAUUCCUCUUCCAAAGUUUAUUGAAAAUAAAAAAGCUUGUGUUAACGUUCAUAAUAACGACGAUCAGUGUUUUAAGUAUGCUGUUCUUUCAUCAUUAUAUCCAAGUAACAAAAAUGCUAGUAGAGUUAAUCAGUAUCGAUUGCAUGAAAAUGAAUUAAAUUUUGCUGGUAUAGAAUUCCCAGUAAAACUUAAAAGUAUUCCGAAAUUUGAAAAACUGAAUAAUAUUUCAGUAAAUGUAUACAUGCUUAGAAAGUAUGGCCACAAAUUCGAAGUAUCAUCUUGUCAUAUUACGACAGAGAAGAAGGAAAAACAUGUAAACCUUCUCAUCAUUCAAGAUUUUUAUAUAGAUGAGCAUGAAGAAAAUAAUCGUGCUGAUGAAGGUGACAUGCCUAAAUAUCAUUACGUUUGGAUAAAAAGUAUGUCUCGACUUUUGAGUUCUCAAGUGUCUAAAACUCAUUUAAAAUCUUACCAUUGUGAAAGAUGUUUACAAAUAUUUUAUACCGAGGAAAGAUUGAAAAUGCAUGAAAGCGAUUGUAAAAAUUUAAAUGAUUGUCGAAUAAAUUUGCCUGAUUGUAAGAAUAAUAUUCUCAAAUUCGAAGAUUACAGUAAGAGUGAAAAGGUUCCUUUUGUUAUUUAUGCAGAUUUUGAAUGUUUAUUGAAGCCUACUGAGAAUGAGAAUGCUUUCCAACGGCACGAAGCAUACAGCAUAGGAUACUUCAUAAAAUGCAGUUUUGAUGAUAGCUUAUCUGGCUAUAGAUCAUACAGAAGAAAAAAUGAAGAAGAAGAGACAGCUGCAGCAUGGUUUGUUAACGAAUUAAAGUCAAUUGGUGAAAAAAUUGACGUACUCUACAAGAAUCCAAAACCAAUGAGACUCACAGAUUUAGAGGAAAUAUCUUUUCGGAGAUCAUCAGCUUGUCAUAUAUGUCGGAAACCAAUCACUGGUGAAGAACUUGCUGUACGAGACCAUUGUCAUCUCACAGGGCGUUUCAGAGGUGCAGCUCAUAAUUCUUGUAACUUGAAUUAUAAGGAUUCAAGAUUCAUUCCUGUGGUUUUUCAUAACCUCAAUUACGACACUCAUUUUAUUUUAAAAGAGAUUGCUACUUCUACGUUGAUGAAAGGACGAGUAAAUUUAAUACCUCACAAUAAGGAGAAAUAUAUUUCUUUUACAAAAUACGUGGAUGACUGCAACAUAAGUUUUAGAUUCAUAGAUUCUUGGCGUUUUCUACCUUCAUCAUUGGAAAAGCUUGCAUCAUAUCUGAAAAAUGUGCCGAUAGCAGUAAAGGAAUUUCGAUCAGAUGAACUUACAGAUGAAAAGAUAGAUCUCCUUCGACAAAAAGGUGUAUUUCCAUAUGAUUUUGUAAAUGGAUUAGAUAAGUUGACGACUACAAAAUUGCCAGAAAAGAAUGAUUUUUAUAAUAAGCUAACAGAUUCUCAUAUUGCUGAAGAAGACUAUAAGCAUGCUGUCCAAGUUUGGAAUAAGUUCAAUAUUAGUACGUUGGGAGAAUAUUCAGAUCUUUAUCUGAAAACCGAUGUUUCACUAUUGGCCGACGUUUUCGAGAGUUUUCGAGAAACAUCUCUUAAAGCCUAUGAUUUAUGUCCUGCUCACUUUUAUACGACUCCUGGACUAACUUUUUCAGCAGCUUUAAAAAUGACAAAGGUAGAAUUGGAGCUUCUUACAGAUAUUGACAUGCUAAUGUUUAUUGAAUCGGGCAUUCGAGGUGGAAUAAGUCAGUGUUGUAAUCGAUAUGCCAAGGCAAACAAUCCAUAUAUGGGCUCUUCAUACGAUAAGGAUCAGAAAACAAAGACUCUCUUAUAUUUUGAUAUUAUCAAUCUUUAUGGAUGGGCAAUGGUACAGCCUUUACCAGUUGGAAAAUUCAAAUGGAUUGAAUAUGAGACAAAUCCAAAUUUUUUUAAUACACCACCAGAUUCUGAUAUUGGCUAUUUUGCUGAAGUUGACUUGGAGUAUCCCGAAGAAAUACAUGAUGAUCAUAGGGAUUUACCUUUUUGCGCAGAACAUCUUGCACCACCUGGCUCAAAGCAGAAGAAACUUCUCACGACUUUAAAUGACAAAAAAAGAUAUGUCAUUCAUUAUCGAGCACUUAAGCAGGUUUUAGAUAAUGGACUUCGAUUAAAAAAGGUGCAUAGGAUUUUGAGUUUUGAGCAGAGGGCGUGGCUCAAACCAUAUGUUGAAUUUAACACAGAAAAGCGAAAGCAGGCAAAGAAUGAGUUUGAAAAACUCUUCUACAAAUUGUUAAUUAAUGCAGUCUAUGGAAAGUGUAUUGAACGAGAGCGGAAACGUGUAGAUGUGCGAUUAGUAAAUAAAUUUACAGGCAGAUACGGAGCAGAAGCACGCAUAGCUCUACCAAAUUUUCACAGUUGUGCAAUCUUCGAUGAAAAUUUGGUUGCCAUUCAGCUGAAGAGGACAAGUAUUACAAUCAAAAAACCAAUAUACGUUGGUCUCUCAAUUCUAGAUUUGUCAAAAACACUAGUAUAUGAUUUUCAUUAUUCAUAUAUGAAGAAGCGAGUUGGAGAAAAAUGCAAACUCCUUUAUACGGACACCGAUAGUUUAAUAUAUGAAGUUGAGGAUGUUGAUAUGUAUCAAGUAAUGAAAGAAGAUAUACAUAAAUUUGAUACUUCUGAUUAUGACGAAAAUAAUCAGUUUGGAAUUCCACAUGUUAAUAAAAUGUUCCUGGAUUGAUGAAAGAUGAAUGCUGUGGCAAGAUUAUGACAGAAUUCAUUGGUUUAAGAAGCAAAAUGUACAGUAUUUUGAUUAAUGGAGCCGCGACAGUGAAAAAAGCUAAAGGUAUAAAAUCUAAUGUUGUAAAGAAAUCAAUCACAUUCGAAGAUUAUCGAAAAUGCCUUCAGGAUCUUGUUAUUAUAAAACGUGAGCAGUGUAAUAUUCGUUCAAAAUUACACAUUGUGCAUACUGAGAAACAGGAAAAAAUUGCUCUAAGUCCACACGAUGAUAAAAGAUUCUUAUUGCCUCAUAGUACUGACACUUUGCCUUGGGGACAUUACAGAAUUAUGGAAGAACAGAUGGCGCAAGCUGCAAUGCAAGUAGAGGGAGAUGCGGUGGAGGGGAUUGUAGUGGAGGAGAGGGGCAACAAUGGCGAAGGACGAAAAAGAGAGGGAGAAAGUGAGUGGGGGCAUGAAGCAACCAAUGAGAAUGCUUCGCGGGUGGGGAUGUCACUUUAUGCUGAUGGAGGGGAACCAAUCAGGAUUGAAUAUGAUGUUUUAGAGGAGUUUAUGCACGAGUGGGAUCCAUCAUUGGAUAGGUUAGGAACUGAACAAGAAGAGAGAAGUAAUAUAUUACUAGAGGCUAUGGAAGGGGCAGAAAUUGUGGUGGGAAACGGGCUAUAUGAACGGACGCAGCACGAUGAACAGCACAUUCGAGAAAUCGAAGCGAACAACCAACCUUGUGCAAAGAGACCAAGACUCACCUAACUCUAAAAUAAAAUGGAUCUAUCUGCACUCAACAAGAUUGCCGAGCGCGAGUUCUUGCCUAAGAAGAAAGUCACGGACUUAGAAAAAGAUCAUGACUACAUGGUGACUGCACUCAAGGAGGUGAAGACGAGAUUCGGCACGAAGAUCGUGGCCGAAAUCGAUGACAGCUUUCAAAUAUUUCUGCCGGGGAAGAUCUCAUCAGCAGUCUUGAAAGAUCAAGAACUGUUCAACAAUCUCUCUAACACAGCAAAUAAACUCAGUUUAUUUGUAACAUAUCAGGGUGGAACUUCAUUUAAGUUCAGUACUUGCUAAAAAUAAAUAAAAUAAAAUACAAAGAUUGAUUAUUUUUUCAAACUAUUUAUUUGUUCGAAACUUGUACAUAAUAUACAUGAAU